AUUUAUCGAUAAAUGUUUUUUUGAUGCGUUACCGUCGACAAAAUCCAAAAUCUCCAGGCGUUCCGGCUAUUUAACCCGUGGAAUCGGGCAGCGCCGCAUGCGUUAGACGAGCGUCAGUCGAGUAGUUCCCAAACACCCAGUAAAACCGGAAGCAGUUUGAAAAUGGGUCCGCCGAAGCAGCUGAAACGAACCUUUCUUGGCUUCGACCUGAGCACUCAGAAGCUCAAAGCGGUCCUGCUGAGCUCCACUUUGGAGGUGGUUGCCAAGGCGGAGGUGAAAUUCGACACGGAUUUGCCGGAGUUCCGGACCACGGGAGGAGCCAAUGCCGGACCCAACAAAAAUGAAUACUAUGUGCAGCCCGUGAUGUGGGUGAAGGCCAUGGACAUUGUCCUGGAGCGACUGGUUAUGCAGCAGGCUGAUCUUAGCACCGUGGCGGGAGUCAGUGGCUCCGGCCAGCAGCACGGAUCGCUGUACUGGUCUAAGCACGGAAUCAACACGCUGCAAAAACUGGACUCCGACAAGUUCCUUCACGCACAAAUCGACGACUCCGCCUUUGUGGUCAACCGGACGCCCAUUUGGAUGGACGCCACCACGACGAAACAGUGCCUGGAAAUGGAGAUGGCCGUCGGGGGCAAGCUCAAAAUGGUGGAACUGACCGGCUCCAAGUGCUACGAACGCUUCACGGGACCCCAGAUCAGGAAGAUAUACCAGAAACGCUGCCACGCCUACGACGAGGCCGUUCGAAUCUCAUUGGUCAGCAGCUUCAUAUCGUCGCUGUUCCUGGGUGCAGUUGCUCCAAUUGACUUCAGUGACGGUUCCGGUAUGAAUCUGCUGAACAUUAGCAAGCGCAACUGGUCCAAGGAAUGCCUGAAUGUCUGUGCCCCUGAUCUUGACGAGCGUCUGGGUCUGCCGGUCAGUCCGCAUACUGUUUUGGGCAACGUCUCAAAGUAUUUUGUGAAGCGUUUUAGCUUUUCGCCCGACUGCAAGGUGAUCGCCAGUACGGGCGACAAUUGUUCGUCCCUUUCCGGGAUGCUGGUGGGCAGCAACUGGCUGACCAUUUCCCUGGGCACCAGCGACACUUUGAUGGUGAGCAUGAAGAAUCAACUGCACUGGGAGGAGGGUCAUGUGCUGUGUCAUCCAACCGACAUUGAAUCGUUCAUGGGCCUGCUAUGUUUUAGAAAUGCCUCUUUGGUCCGCGAGGGAGUCAACAAGUCGAUGACCGGCGGCAACUGGGACAAAUUCAACGAGUAUCUCGACUCCACUCCACGCGGAAACUUCGGAAACAUGGCCAUUCACUUCCCCGAUAUGGAAAUUAUCCCCAAGGCGCAGGGCAUUUUGCGGUGGAGCAAGGAAAUUGUACCCAGCUCCCCGGAGGCAGCCAAGGGUCUUAUCAAAUUCAGCUCGCCUCAAAUAGAAAUUCGUGCCCUAGUUGAAGGACAGAUGCUGCAUCACCGGGCUGUGGCCGAGGACCUUGGCUACCACUUUGGUCCCGAGACCCAAAUCCUGGUCACUGGAGGCGCCUCCGUUAACAAAUCGAUUCUGCAGACUGUCGCCGAUGUGUUCAAUUCGCCUGUUCAUGUCCAGGACGAAGGACAUGAGGCCGCCUUGAUGGGAGCCGCUUACCGGGCCGCCUACUCUCUGUACCUCCAUGAACUGGAUAAAAAUAAGAAGGAGGAGCCCCUGUCCUACCGAGAAUACAUCCUUAGCCUGACGAGCAAUAAGUUGGACCUGAUGUGCGAACCUCACAAGGACAGCGAGCAAAUCUACGGUCCCAUGCUACUCCGGUACCGCGAAAUGGCGCGCAUUUUGGCCACUGAAGACUAAUAGACUCUCCGAAAACCCAACGUAACAUUCCGUUUUACACUCGGCGCAUUCCCCGACUAUUCUACCGAUUCCCUUUUGUACAUCACCUUAAAUUAAUAGAGCUAAAGUGCAAUUAACAAAUUCUGUGAUUGACAAUUUAUUACAAAUUUAUGCGAAACACCAUAUACAAAUAAAUUUCUACAUAUGGAGCUUUCCUAA